UCCCCUCAUCCCCGUCCCUCCCACCGCGCACCGGUGCCGUUGCCAGCCUAGCCAGCAGCCUUCCACGACCUUCUUACCUAGAUCCGCAACGUGCCGGAGAAGAUCGACCGGACCGCGCUCGCGCUUGGCCUUUGCUGAUCGGCGAUGGAGAUGCAGCUCGCGGCCGUGCUCGCCACGCUCGCUCUCGGCGGCGCGCUCGUCGUGCUCUUCUUCGGCAAGUGGUGGCAGCCGCUGGCCGACGGCGACAAGCGCGUCAAGGAGCUCGACGACGCCGUCGAGGCCCUGCUGCAGCUGCGGGCCGACGUGCUCAGGCAGCUGGACGGCGCGCCGGAGCCGGAGCAGCCGCGCGCGUGGCUGCGGCGCGUGCAGGACGCGCAGGACGAGGUGGCGUCCGUCAAGGCGCGGCACGACGCGGGGCAGCUCUACGUCGUCCGCCUCCUGCACUACUUCCUCACCACGGGCCCCGUCGCCGGGCUGGCCGAGAAGCAGCUCAAGAUCGUGCGCGCCAUCCAGGAGCAGGGCGCGGCGCUGCUGGAAGCCGCGCUGGCCGCGCCGCAGGCGCCGCCGCCGCUGCUCCUCCAGCCCGAGGAGCUGGAGCUCCCGCCCGAGACGGGGUCCGCCAGGCCCUACCUCAACGAGGCGCUCCGCUUCCUCGGCGACUGCGACGCGGCGCUCGGCGUCUGGGGCGCCGGCGGCGUGGGCAAGACCACGGUGCUGAGGCGGGUGCGCGACGUGUGCGGCCGCGUCGCGCCAUUCUUCGACCACGUCCUCCUGCUGGCGGCCUCCAGGGACUGCACGGUGGCGAAACUCCAGAAGGAGGUCGUGGCCGUGCUCGGCCUCCGCGACGCGCCAACCGAGCAGGCGCAGGCCGCCGGGAUCCUGAGCUUCCUGAGGGACAAGAGCUUCCUGCUCCUGCUGGACGGCGUGUGGGAGCGGCUGGACCUGGAGAGGGUCGGCAUCCCGCAGCCCUUGGGGGUGGUGGCCGGCCGGGUGAGGAAGGUGGUCGUGGCGUCCAGGAGCGAGGCGGUGUGCGCGGACAUGGGCUGCCGCAAGAAGAUCAAGAUGGAGAGCUUGAACGAAGACGAUGCGUGGAGCCUGUUCGAAGCGAACGCCGGCGAGGAGGCCAUCCGCGGCGACGCCCAAAUUUCCACACUUGCAAGACAGGUGGCUGCAGAAUGCAAGGGCCUGCCUCUCUUCCUCGCCACUGUCGGCCGUGCCAUGUCCAACAAACGUACAGCAGAGGAGUGGGGCGAUGCACUCGACAAGCUCAAGACGCCGCAGCUCACGAGCACCGCGCCCGGCCAGGACAAGCACGCGCACGCUCUCGUCAAGUUCUGCUUCGACAGCCUCGAGAGCGACACGGUGAGGGAGUGCCUCCUGACCUGCGCGCUCUGGCCGGAGGACCACAACAUCUCCAGGGACGAGCUCGUGCAGUGCUGGGUCGGCCUGGGCCUCCUCCCCAAGUACGACGACGUCGACGAGUCGCUCCGGUUCGGGCACACGGUAGUCACCAUCCUGGAGGCCGCGCGCCUCCUGGAGCAGGGCGACAACCACCGGCACAACAUGUGCCCGUCCGACACGCACGUCCGGCUCCACGACGCCGUCCGCGACGCGGCGCUCCAGCUCGCGCCCGGCAAGUGGCUGGUCCGCGCGGGCGUCGGGCUCCGGGAGCCGCCCCGCGACGAGGCGCUGUGGCGCGACGCGGAGCGCGUCUCGCUGAUGCACAACGCCAUCGAGGAGGCCCCCGCCAAGGCCGGCGGCGCGCUCUCGGACGCGCAGCCGGCGUCGCUGAUGCUGCAGUGCAACCGCGCCCUGCCGCGGAGGAUGCUGCAGGCGAUCCAGCAGUUCACCAGGCUGACGUACCUGGACCUGGAGGACACCGGCAUACUGGACGCGUUCCCGAUGGAGAUCUGCUGCCUCGUCAACCUGGAGUUCCUCAACCUGUCCAGGAACAGGAUCCUGUCGCUGCCCAUGGAGCUGGGCAACCUGAGCCGGCUCAAGUACCUCCACCUGCGCGACAACUACUACAUCCAGAUCACGGUGCCUCCGGGCCUGAUCUCGCGGCUCGCGAGGCUGCAGGUGCUGGACCUGUUCACCGCGAGCAUCGUCUCCGUCGCGGACGACUACGUGGCGCCGGUCAUCGACGACCUCGAGAGCAGCGGCGCGCGCAUGCCGUGGCUCGGCAUCUGGAUGGACAACACCGGCGACGCGCGGAGGCUGGCGCGCCUGGCGCCGGGCGUGCGCGCCCGGUCGAUCCACCUGCGGAAGCUGGACGGGGCGCGGACCCUGGAGCUGCUGUCGGCGCAGCACGCGGCGGAGCUGGGGGGCGUGCAGGAGGGCCUGCGGGAGCUGGCGGUGUACUCGUCCGACAUCGAGGAGAUCGUGGCGGACGCGCACGCGCCGAGGCUGGAGGUGGUCAAGUUCGGGUUCCUCGCGAGGCUCCGCGUCAUGGAGUGGUCCCACGGCGCGGCGUCCAACCUCCGGGAGGUGGCCAUCGGCGCGUGCCACGCGCUGACGCACAUGACCUGGGUGCAGCACCUCCCGUGCCUCGAGUCGCUCAACCUCAGCGGCUGCAACGGGAUGACGAGGCUGGUCGGCGGCGCCGCGGAGGGGGGCAGCGAGGCGGAGGAGGUGGUGACGUUCCCGCGGCUGAGGCUGCUGGCGCUGCUGGGGCUGCCGAGGCUGGAGGACAUCCGCGGCGGCGGCGGGGAGUGCGCGUUCCCGGAGCUGCGGAGGCUGCAGACCAGGGGGUGCUCGCGGCUGAGGCGCAUACCGAUGCGGCCGGUGGCCGGCGGGCAGGGCAGGGUGAGGGUGGAGGGCGACAAGCACUGGUGGAACGGGCUGCAGUGGGCGAGCGACGACGUCAAGGCCUGCUUCGUCCCGGUGCUGCUCUGAGCCUCUCGCGCGCGCUCACCGAAUUGGAGUUUUGGCGCGUCCUUGGCCUGUUUGAUGGUGGGUGAUAAAUAAGUCUGGGUGGUACCCCGGUAGCCGGUAGGAUGGCCAGGAACAACGAACAAAGCAUACAUGUAAUUUUUUGGAGUUUAUUUUGAGAAGACAAGGAGAUUGGUUGGGGCUUUCUUUUCUUAGUUUUGGUUUUCUUGUAUUCCGCUAUCAAUCAAUUGAAGUAAAGAAUCAAUACUACUGUAUGUUGGCAGUAGUAGCCUCA